AUGUGAAGAUUAACGGCAUUAGAGAAAAGAAGUGGAAAGACAACAUCGUAUGAAUAUCAUUCCGUUCAACAUCACAUUGUAUUCUAUUUUAUUUAAUGUCAUAAUAAAUUAUAUUCCAUUGACGUUUAAUAUACUAUUUCUCUUUACAAAAUCAUAUCCACAUAAUGUAGAACACAUACAUACACCAAUACAAAAUUCAUAUCAACAGAACAUGAAACAACAACUAACAAGAUUGAAUUUUUUUUCCAAGCAUCAAAUGAAAUAUAACUUUGUAAAUAGUACAUUAUAUAUUAAUAAACUUGGCAAAAAAAAUAGUCAAAUUUGAAGAAAAGACAAUAUGUUUCAUUUCAUAAAAUAGUAUAGAAAUACAAUCUUUGUUCAUCUCCUUCCUCGUCUUCGUACGCGAAAUCAAAACUUACAUGUUUUCACGUUUCGUCUUCACUCAAUAAAAUAUCUCAGAUUGAGAAGAUGGAUGCACAGAGCCGCAACGUCGUCGGCCCGGGUGAAGCUCCUUGCCGCAUCGGCUGUAACUUGCAGCGGCGAGCUGGUGGUGUCAGAAGUAGAGAAGGUUGGAAUUUAGGGAUAAAAUUUUUGAUCACAAAAUACUCUCAGAAAUCUCACAUAGACAAUUUCAUCAACAAUUCUACAAAUCUGAGAAGAAACAGAUUCACUUUCUCUAAAUUAAAAAAUUAAUUGCAGAAGGUAAAUGAAUAUCAAAGAGUCACUAGUAACUUUUGACAGGAAAUUGUUAGGAAGUUUUAUUUUUUUAUUUUUUUCAGGUUUCACCGGUUGUGUUGAAAGAUAAAAUAGAAUUAUUAUACAAAAGUGAAACCGUGUAUAUAUGUAUUAAAAAAAAUUGGUUAUGUAGCUAAUUAGUGUUUUUUCAUAGUCAUAGAAACCAAUUUCCCUUAUAUAAACCGCCAUGCUUCCUUAAUAUUUGGACUUAUUGACGCCAUCAAAUUUCACGUUAAAACUUAAAAGUUAAAACCAUGCAAUACAAUAUUUCUUUUUCUUAUAAUCAUUGGACUAGUUAUUCUUUUAGGGUUAAGCCCUUUGUCAAAAAAAAAAAAAAAAAAAAAAAGAGUUAUUCUUCUAGGGUUUUACUUCCAACAAUAAUCCGGUUCAACUCAAUAACAUGUCCGCUUCGUUUUGAGUUGGGUUCUUUGAUAAAUGGGCUUAUGAGAAGACUUAAAAGAAGAGGUAAACUGGCCCUUCGUCGACGUGAAGUCCACAAAGAAGAGUUAGACCAUGUACAUAUACAGAGUUCAUAGAACAUUCUCUAACAAAUGGACACAAAGACAUGUGACCACUCCUACUAUUAUUCCAGUCACUAAUUAGCCAAAAGUUGCAAUCGCCUUCUCCGACAUAUAUACCUUCUCUAAUAAAGUUAUCUUGAAGUUACCAAUUCUGUGAUCAUAUGAUACCUCAUUAACAAUGUGUUUCGUUGUAAUAUGAUACACUAGUUUAUUAGUAAUUGUAGUUGUCAAAGAUAGCCAGCUAUCUAACACUACUAAAAGGGGAAUAAGCAGUGCAGGGAGCGUGCCACGUCAGCGUUUAUAUUCGAACCAAUCAGAGACGAGCUUUUUUACACGUCAGACGGGCUCUUGCUCCGUGUGGGCUUCAUCUGAAAGCGUACCAUUCGUGCCAUUUGGGCUUUAUCGUUCAUCCAAAAAGCGUGCCGUUUGGGCUUUGUCGGAGUUAUUCUUCUGCGUCUGCUUUUGCCCCUCACCUCUAUCACUUCGUCUUCCCGAUCGAAGAGAAACGAAGCCGAGAAUCAAUCGAUCCACUUCUACGCAAUCGAUACUUUCAUUUCAAUCAAUCAAUAACUCCUUUAUGAUUUCGUUUCACCUUCCUCUUUUCCUCCUUCUUUAUAUACUGAUCUUCUUUUCAAUCAAACCAAAACCCUAAAACCACUCCACGCUUAGACCAUGGCGAUGAAACGAAAUGGGAAGUCUCCUGUCUCCUCCGAAUCUGAUGAGAAAGUUAUGUUCUUCAAAGAUGUCUCUCUAGGGCCGCAUGCAACUCAGUUGCGCUUCCGACUCAUCCAUUUCUGGGAGGCUCGGAACCCGAUCAAGAAGACGCUGAUUGGCCUCGAAUUGCUCCUCAUCGACGAACUGGGGACUGUUAUUCAAGGAUUCAUCCCACCGGGGCGUAUUAAAAAAUAUUUGCCUGAUAUGAAACAAGGAUCAGUUUACCAACUCAACAACUUCUACGGUUCGAAAAACAAACCGAUGUAUCGGGUUGCUGAUCAUAUCGCAACCGUGUCUUUCACGUGGAACUCUGAGAUGUCGGUUCUUCACGAGGUUCCCAUCUCAUUUGAUGAAGACCGUUUCAGGUUUCAUUCAUAUGAAGAUUUUGAAGCUAACUGUGAUCUCAAAGGUGACCUCUACGAUGUUGUUGGCCACAUGAAACUGGUCAAUGGACAGACCCUUAUUGAGCGUCCCAUCCUUGACGAAGUGGAGAUAGCAGCCUCUCGGCGCAUUAUGGUGCAUGUGCAAUCACAUGAUGGGCCUGUGAUGAAGCUCUACCUUUGGGACCAUGCUGCAACAGACUUUUGCAAGAAGUUCAAUUCCUAUGAAAAUACUCCCACAGUUCUUUUGGUCACGACUGUUAACACCAAACGUCUCGGAGGUACCCUUGCCCUGACCUCUAUGUCCUCCACACGGCUCUUCAUGGACUAUGACGUCCAACCAACCAAAGAUUACUUCACCUGGCUUGCCUCUAACCCAGAGAUUGCUAACCAGGUUAGUGCAGAGGUGGUUACUAAACGUGAGGCACUGACUAUAGCAGAAAUAUUCUCCUACAUGACUCAGGAAUCUGCAAAGGAUGCCUUUUUUGAGUGCACGGCUACGAUUGAUGAUGUUGUGCAUGGCUCUGCUUGGUACUAUAUUGGAUGCAGUGAGUGCCAUGCUAAGGCUACCAAAGGCGCAACUUCAUUGAUUUGUACGAACACAAGAUGUGAGAAGGUUAACACAACUGGUGUUGCACAGUACCGUGCAAAGAUUUCAGUUUAUGACAACAGUGAACAAGCUUUUUUUGUCCUACUUGGUGAUGCUGGUCGUGAGUUGACUGGGAGGCACGCAUCCGAGUUAGUUACCAACUACUUUGAGGCUAAUGAACACAAAGGAGCUGACCAUGAGGUGCCUGUUCCGGAAGCUCUAAUCAGCAUCAUCGGACAGACACAUAAGUUUUGUGUGAAAGUUACAGAUCACAACUUCUCAGGCAAUACCCGUGCUAUUACUGUCACCAAGAUCCUCUCUCUAGACACCCCACCACCCACAGAAGUCUCGGUUGAAAGCAACAUUGCUGCAACGUCCGAGGAAACAGUGAAGACUGGAAACGAAGUGUGUGGAACUUCCAACGGCCGUGGAGACCCUGCAGAUGGGGAGAGUAAGAGGAUCUCUGCAGAUGCUGAGACAUCGACAGCUAAGCGUCCAAGAUGUUAGAAGUUGAGCUCCCACUCAUCUUCUCACGUAUUGCAUGCUUCAAUGAUGUUUACGUCUUUUUCAGUUUAAGUAUUGACUUAUGAUUUUCUUUCAGUUGUUUUACUUUUCAGUGUUUUUUUCCCCUUGAAACAUCAUGUCUACUUUGCAUGAUUAUCAGCUUAUAAUCAUGUAUACUGUUUUAUCUAUCUGCUUCUUCAGAAUUACUUUCUCAGUUUAUUAUUUAUGUCUUCAGAAACAAGUUCUAAUGUAUAUUUGAUAACAUCUAUGACAUGAAAUGUAAAUAGUUCAGAGUUUAGGAGUGGAAAGACAUUAAUAUAUGAUUUUGUGAUUACCAUUGACCAAUAAAUUAUCAAAUAAUAUAAGCUACUUACAAGUUACAACCAAGCCGCAGCCUUUAGAUCCUUAUAAGCCAAGAGAGAUAGAAAAUUCCAUGUUCUUAUCGUCACAAACAUCAUCCCAACAAUAUAUAAAAAUACUGAUCCUUAUUUAAUUUAUUAUAAACACAACUACUAAACUGCACCAUGUGCAGUAAAGAAUUUUUUUAAUCUAACUUAUAUUUAAAAAUAAAUUUUACAAAAUAUUAUAGAUUUUGCUAUUUGCUUACUACUAUUAAAUAUAAAUUUGAUAUAUAAAAAAACUGCUUAAAAUACAAAAAAAAAAAAGAAAUACGCAACUUAAUACAAGCUCAACAGAAUAAUGUAUAUAGUAAUAAGAUAAAAACUAAUACUUCAGAUAUACUAGCAGCAUAGCACCACUUACCAAAAUUAUAUAAUAACAGUUGAAUCAAUAACUUCAGCCAUAACCAUCAUUUUACAAGAGAUGCAUUACUCUGUAUAUAUAAAAAGAGUUACAAUACAAUUUCACAAGAAAAAACCCUACUCAGUUCUAAAAAAGGCAAGUUUACUUCAAUUUAAUCAUAUUAUACGGAAAAAUCCGGGCGUAGCCCGGAAAAACCCUCUAGUCUUUUAUAGAGUUAAGACUUAAGAAUCGUCAACACAACCCAAAAACUAACUUUUUAUCAGACUCAAGAAAGCAAACACCCAAGAGAAAUACGUUCCUCCCUCGGCCCAACCCAAUAACCAAAUUCCAGCUGCGAUAGGACGGCCCUUGGUCUUCGGUUUGUCCGUUCUUGACAUAUCCGAACUUAACAUAUUGAACACUCCUGACGCCUGCUGCGGCCUGGAUCCUGGUCACUUGGCCUCCUUGUGCUUCCGCCUUUCUGGCAUUUCUUUUGCUCACGCAAUUCUACUUUUAAUUAUGAACACGAAUUGUUUGUAAUCAAAGUCAAAGAAAUAAUUAUCAGAGAUUGAGAGUUGACCUUAGAAGUUAUGCUGAGUUAGUGAUCCAUUGGGAACAACUGUAUUAAUUGAUCUGCGUCAAUAUAAGCCCAUAAAUAAUUUAUAUAACUACUAUAUAAUCUCGUUAUUCACGUGUCACUAAAAUAUUGAAUUGUUGUGAUCUCAAUAGUUGAUAUUAAUGAUCUAGUUUUAGUAGUAGUAGUAGUAGUAGUACACAUUUAUUAAUAGAUAGUGAUAUUCUUUAAAGAUAUAAUCGUGCCUACUACGUGGUGUACCGUCUAACCGUUUAACAAUGAUUAUUCGUUACUGAUAUUAUUGACCUAUGGCUUGUAAUGUUUCAGCGUUUUAAGUCUUGUCCAGGAUUUUGUGCUCCAUUUUGUUUGAAAUAAGUUUUGGGUACUUUCCCCUACCGUCUUAUAGUUAGGAAUGUUAGAUUGUAUAUUUUGCUUCGUCUUUUACAAAUCCAGCAGUGUGAGAUAGUCCAUUCCCGAUGUGAGUAGUUAUGUAUUACAAGGGUGGAUUUAAAAAAAACGAGUUCCGUAUCAUACGAUAAAAGAUAAACUUUUCCUCACAAUAUACUCCGUUCCUAAAAGAUGUAUGUUCUGGAAAAAAAAAUUGUUUCAAAAAGAUAUAUUUUUUACUUUUUCAAUGUAUGAUUUUAUGAAAAAUUGUAAGUUUCGAAAAAAUGGUAUUUAUUAAAUUUCUAUUGGGUAGAAGUUAUGAAAAAAUGUUAUUCAUAAAAAAACAAUACAUAUUUAAUGAAUUUUUUUAAUAUAUGUGAAAAAUUUAGAAUAUGUAUCUUUUAAAAACUGAUGGAGUAUUAAUUACCUCCAUCACGUCGAUUGAGUUUACAAUAUCAAUCUUGGAUCAGCCGCGUAAGGAAGCGGAGAUCUGAUCCUAGCAUACACGUUCCACGAGUUUAGACUUGGACGUGCCCUACUCAGAGUGUGAUAGUAUUGUCAUGAUAAUAUAAAUAAAUAAUGACCCCGAGACCAGUUAUUUGUAAAGCUUAACCAGUUAUCAUUAUUGUCAUGACAAUCAAUACAA